AUGCCUCGUCUGCUGUCGGGUCUGCAAAUUUUCCUCUUGCUCACGCUUACAGGCCUCACGCCAGCAAGAACACUGUUUGGGCGAGAUCGCCACGAAACGAUAUUCAAUUCCUCCAUCGCCCAUGGAGCUAGCAAGGUCCAGCUUCUCUUGGGCUCUUCCGGGUUCGAUGGGCCCAAACUGGACUCCGUCAACGCCUCAGUCUACGACUGGUGGUACUUCCAGGCCAUGGCACGGCCGUUCUCAUCUUUUGUGAUUGUUUUCUUUACCAGCAGCGCCAAUGCCUUUCCCUUCCUGAUUGACAAGGAUAAUGUCCUUCCUGUUUGGAUAUGGGCGUCGUUCGACAACGGCACCACCAUCAGGAGGCAGACGCACGCUGAAGUAGCGAGGAUAUCCACGCUAGGAGACGGCUCGAGCGGUAGGUAUGAGCCGACUGGAAUGCAUUGGUCUGGAUCUCGGGAUAUGUCCAAGUACGAUAUCAGUGUUGACAAUAAGGAAUUGGGAAUCAAGGGAACCUUUAACAUCAGUCUUGGCACGAGUCCUGUAUUACCCUGCGGCUCACCAAAGGCCACAAAGUCGAUGGAACUCAUGCCAAAUAUCGGAUGGGCAAAUGCGGUUCCCUUCGGUGCAGGAGACGUGAACAUGAACAUCGACGGUUCAGAUCUCCGCUUCACUGGUCUAGCAUACCACGACAAGAACUGGGCCAGCGUUCCCUUCUCCCAAUCCGUCCGCUCAUGGUACUGGGGCCAAGCCGCCAUCGGCAAAUACGUCCUCAUCUGGUUCGACAUCAUCCCUCCCUCCGCGUCCAACCACGCCGAGUACAAGCGCAUCCACAUCUUCGACAAAGACUCCCGUCGCCAUUUAUACUCUUCCUGCGCCGACGAUGCGGUGGCCGCACGACCAUAUAGCAAAGACGGUACACCUUUGCGGUUUCCGCCUAAGCCAGGGGAUCCGGUGCCCGGCGUGAUGAGGAUUGUCGCGGAGACGCCGGCUGUGGAUAUUCGUGUGGUUGGAGGGAAAAGAAUUGCAGGUGAUGGCAGGGCAUAUACGAGAUUGUUUGGAGGAGUGGAGGGGUGCGUCUAUGGAGAAUGUGCGAGUGAAGGCAUGGCCAUCAUAGAGCAGAUGGUGUUAUGA